AUGAGUUGGGGAGCAUGGAGUACUUGUCAAAGGAAUCCAUAUGGAGUUGAUUCGCAAACGAGAACCCGGCAAUGCUCGGGUUCGAAUUGUCAGGGAGCCGCCGAUGAGUCGAGACAGUGCCAAGUCUAUCGAGAGCCGACUCCAGAAUGGAAUCAAUGGGGAUCAUGGAGCAGUUGCAGCAAGUCAUGCGGUGGUGGAGUUCAAGUCCGGCCACAGAGGAAAGGGCGUGUAACUCGCAGGCUUGUUGCUCGUGGACCCAAUGGUCAGAGUGGUCAGCUUGUUCGGUGUCUUGCGGAAACGGGAUUCAGACGAGAAAUCGCGGCUGCAGUUGCGCUGACAACUCGUGCCCCGGCUCAUCGAUUGAUG